AUGGAAACAUUCCAAAAUAGAUUUACAUCUGAAUUAAUAUCUAUGAAUGAUAUUAUUAAUCUUCUUCGUAAUUCUAUACAACAGCAAUACAAUGCCAAACAACUUGACAUAAAAAAUGAAACUAUUGAAAAAAAUGUUCGAAUUUUAUUUGAACAAGAUUAUGUUUGUCGAUAUAUUUCCAAUACAAAUGGUGAAUUAUCAUUAGCUUAUCCAAGUCAAAUUCUUGUACCUAUUAUUGACAAAUGGUCUGAAGUACAAACGCCAAAAAUUACACCAUCAAUCAAUAUUCGUGAUUGUUGUGUUCGAUCACGAAUUGCUCGAUGUCGAUCUCGUCUCGUUGUUCCUACCUUAUUCAUCGAUGGAAAGUAUAUUUGUCGAUCGGCAACUCUCUCGUCCUGGGGUGAAAUAUAUCCACGAUUAAGUAUGGAUCUUUUAGUAGAUGCUGGCAAUAGACGUUUUGCUCAACCUGCAGCCAAUAUUGACAAUGCUUUCAUUGACAUUGAACAACCUCAACAACGGACUAUUUUUGAUAAACUUCGCAGUGCUGAUGUUGAUCUAUUGAAUAUAUUCGAUAUCGGUUCAAUAGUAAAUUUGAUGGUACAACAGAAAAAUAUUCUAUUCGGUAUGAAAAUAACAGCAUCGGAAAAGUUUGAUAAACACGAUCGAUAUAGAACAUUUCAAAUGAUAUUACUUCCCUAUCCAGGAUGUGAACAUUUUCGAGAAGUAGCUAUACAGAAAUACAAUGGUGAAUUUAUGUUUUACGAUUGGUCUCUAUCGAAAAAUGAUGCUCUACUUGACGUACCGAUUCAUCUUGCUUCACGUGUAAAUACCGAUUGGUUAUUUUGGCGAUCAUGGAAUACUAUUCAAUUAACGCAGAACUAUUUUCAAAUACUUCUUCGUCAUCUUGAAACAGAAAAACGUGGUAUUCUUAUUCAUUGUCUUUCGGGAUGGGAUCGAACACCAUUGUUUAUAUCUUUGCUUCGUUUAUCAUUAUGGGCCGAUGGUUUUAUUCAUCAAUCACUGACAGUUGAAGAAAUACUCUAUUUAACACUUGCCUACGACUGGUAUUUAUUUGGACAUAAUUUACCAGAACGAUUACCACAUGGUGAAGAAAUUCUCUAUUUUACUUUCAUGGUUCUUCCAUAUUUAGUUGGUGACGAAUUUGUUUUUCAAUCAUCGAAUACUACUCGUCACCAUUCGACAUUGACAACAAAUGGAAUUAGUUGUAAUUAUAUGCCAGAACGUCAUGUUUAUAAUAAUAACACAUCCUGUGUGAAUGUUGCAGAUGAUUCAGUAAUCAAUGUUCAUCGAAAUCCAUGUCAAUAUAAUUCGAUUGGUUUUGAAGAAAAUAAAAAAACGAUUCGCAAAGAGAAAUUACUUGCUGUUUUUCAUCUAUUUCAUACAUGUUAUCGAACUGUCAUACCAAAAAUUUCAACUACAUUGAAUAAUGGACCACCACCAGUACCAGAUAUGGCUCGUAGAAUUAAGAACUUUGUAUUGCAAAGGCGAUCGUAA